GGCGUGGAGGGCCUCACCUAUGGGCUCUUGACUACAGUGGCGAACCUGGGCAGUCCCUUCUCCAGAGCCAUUGGCAACCAGAUUUUUGGCCUCUUCCGCCCGAAUCUCUCAGACUCGGCGAACUACCGGUCGGACACGCCGGAGUUUCGGAAUACGGUGGCCCUCUCGUUCCUGUUGAGCUACGGCUUCUCCUUCGCAUCCUUCUGCCUACUUCUUCUCAUCCCGGACCAGAAGGAGGAAGCUCAGAGAAGGAAGAAGGCAUGGGGGAGCAGAUCGACGUACGGUGUCAUUACCCUUGUGCUCCUUGCGUUUGCGAUGAGCUACGCGUUAACGAUCAACUUCAUGACAAUGAUCCCAGCCACUGCCUGCUUGGAGGUGGUGGGUGGAAGUGGCUGCUAA